AUGAGUCCAGUGGAGGCCCCCGCGGCUACGGAGAAGCCCAAAUUUACAAAGAGAAGAUUUGUUGGAAAGAAGGCGGCCUCAACGAGCUCAGACACUUGUCGAAAUGACGAGCAACUGUUUCUGCUGCAGCUGCUGCCACUGCAGCAGCUGCUAGCGGUAGCCAAGACCAACAACCUGAAGCGUCACAUAGGAAGAGUCUUGAACCAGAUACCAGACGAUAUCCUCCACGAUAAAGACUUGAACGAAGCAAUCAAGCUACUACCUUCAAACUACAAUUUCGAAAUCCACAAGACUAUAUGGAACAUACGAAAGCAAAAUGCCAAGCGAGUCGCAUUGCAAAUGCCCGAGGGUUUACUCAUUUACUCGUUGAUCAUUUCGGAUAUUCUUGAAGAGUUUUGUGAGGGUGUGGAGACACUAGUGAUGGGCGACGUUUCAUACGGGGCAUGCUGCAUCGACGAUUUCACAGCACGCUCGCUCGAUUGCGACUUUAUUGUCCACUAUGCCCAUUCGUGCCUUGUCCCCAUCGACGUCACCGAGAUCAAGGUGCUAUACGUGUUUGUCACCAUCAACAUUGACGAAAAACACUUGGUCAACACGAUAAAGCGCAACUUUGCCCGCGGCGCGCAAAUCGCCAUAUUUGGCACGAUCCAGUUUAACCCAACGAUACAUAGCGUCAAGGCCAUUUUGGAAAACGACCAGGAGCCCAUAUUCUUGAUACCGCCUCAGACUCGACCAUUGUCGAAAGGGGAGCUCUUAGGUUGCACUUCGGCCCGAUUGAAUAAAGAACAUAUCCAGGCCACGAUAUAUGUGGGUGAUGGUCGAUUCCACCUCGAAAGCUCAAUGAUACAUAACCCGGACAUACCCGCGUACAGGUAUGAUCCAUACGACAGAAAAUUUACAAAAGAGUACUAUGAUCAACAGCAGAUGAUUGAAGUGCGCGAAGAUGCAAUGCUAUCGACCAAGCGGGCCCACAAGAUAGGUUUAAUUUUAGGCGCGCUCGGGCGCCAGGGGAACCCGGUGACGUUGGACAAGUUGGAGCAGAAAUUUCAGGAAAAGGGGGUGCAAGUAGUCAAGAUUAUCUUGAGUGAAAUUUUCCCGCAGAAGUUGGCAAUGUUUGAUGACAUUGAUGCGUUUAUUCAAGUCGCUUGUCCGCGGCUAUCUAUUGACUGGGGGUAUGCUUUCAACAAGCCCCUCUUGACACCGUACGAGGCUAUGGUCAUGCUUGA